CGUGUCAUUUUUGGGAACAGAGGGCUGUUAGGUAUAAAUAUGUAAAGCCGUAAACUGGACGAUCACACUCUGAACACUUCCACAAUACUGCAAAGACUCUCAGAAAAACGCUUCUGCCAGCAGGACUGUUUCAUCAUGAUCAUGAAGUGGCUAUCAGUGGCCGUGUGCCUCCUGGGCUCAAUGAUCUGUGUAUCACAGGCUUUCUCAGUGGACAAGAUCAAAGAACACUUCCCAGUGCACAGGGACCGCCGCAUGGUGGGAGGAGCCCUGGCCACCACUCAUGUCCCCUGGCAGGCCAUGGUGUAUCUCAGUGAGAAUGUUCUGGACGGUGGAUUCGCUGGAGGAGCUCUGAUCGCACCACGCUGGAUCCUGACCGCGGGCCGAAACCUGUUCGUGAGGAAAACUCGAGAGCACACCCAGGGUAAAGAGCCCCUGGUCCCAAAAGUCUACCUAGGGAUCUUCCGACGAGUUAACGCUAAUGCCUCUACUGAAGUGGCAGUGGAGAAGGUGUUCCUACACCCAGGCUUUCAGAACACCUCAGACUGGGACAAUGACCUCGCUCUGAUCCAGCUGAAAGAGCCAGUGACCUUCAGCGACAGCAUUUUCCCCAUCCCUAUGCCUGAGAGUGGAGAGGACCAGGCCGAGAAGGCGGGACAGAUGGGUGUGGUCGCUGGAUGGGGCUGGGGUAUACACUUUACUCCCGCAGAGACUCUCAAGUUCCUCUCCUUGCCUGUGGUUGAAUGCCAGGGACAAUACUCCCCCAAAGUUGCGACAAACACUCCAACUGUGGACGACAAAAUGUUCUGCACAGGACCCAGCAAAUUUCAGGAGAACGUUUGCUUUGGAGAUGCAGGAGGAGCUCUCGCGUUCCUCGAACCCAAAACCAACCGAGUAUACGCUGCUGGCAUCCUGUCAUUCGACAAGGCCUGCAAUGUGGAGGAGAAAGCGGUUUACAUGAAGAUCUCAGCCUACCUGCCCUGGAUCCACAGCAUCAUAAGGGGGGAUUCAGAGAGGUUCUCUUCUCUCCGUGCUUCACUCAUGACUGAUAUGUAUACAAGACAAGCCUGAACAAACAGAAUUUGUACUUUUCAUUUGUAAUGUCAAUAAAUUACUAUGUUUAAGAA